UGCCGAGAGUGUGGCACAAAAAUGACUCCGACAGUAGUGAAAUCCCUGAUAGGGCUGAGCCUUCUCCUGGUCACGCUUCAUGGGCUGUCUGCGCAAAAGGUGACGCUAAAUCCUAAAGGAUGUGGUGUGUCCUUCCACAAGACCAUGAUAGUGAAUGGCACUGAAGUCAAAGAAACUCAGUAUCCGUGGAUGGUGUUUCUGGAGCUGCAAUACGCUGACGCUGCAAGAGCUUGCGGUGGUACAAUUAUUACUGAGCGCCACGUUCUCACAGCCGCCCACUGCCUAGUAUUGGACAAUAUAUACGUGCAGAAGGUUGUUGUUACAUACGGCAGUGUGGACCGUCGUAAUGGCAAGAAGGUCGAAGCUUCGAAGAUGAUCAUUCACAAGGGUUACCACAUGACGAAGCACGUGAACGACAUAGCCCUCCUUGAGGUGAAAUAUGCGUUCCAAUUUAGCAAAGAAGUCACACCCAUCUGCUUGCCUAUGACUCGUGUGCCACUCGUCAAUAAAAAUGCCAUCGUGUCUGGAUGGGGAUCUCUUUACUACGGUGGACAAGGCGUAGACUUUCUUCGUCAAACAACAGUCUCAAUUUACCCUAGCAUAAUAUGCUCAUUACUAUAUUCAAGGUUUGACUACUCGGACGUCUAUCAAUGCUGCGCCAACAGAGUAGGCAAGGGUGCGUGCAAAGGUGACUCUGGCGGACCUCUGAUGCUUCUUACCGGCACUGGACGCUUCCAGCAAGUUGGAAUUGUCUCGUACGGCGCUGGAACUUGCGGUGGAAUCUUCAAUCCGCAGGUGUACACUAGAGUGGAUGGCUACGUGGACUGGCUGACUCGGGGAGUAUCAUCGAGUGCCGGCUACAAGCCCCUUGGUGAGCAAAAGACGUACAUGCUCUGAGGCAGACCUUACUUCAUCGCAUGACGACACUUCAAUGUGAUGACUCAUGCCGUACUCCGGAUGGUGUGCGUCUGCUCAAAUAAACAAUUAUUUCAAUGAC